UUAUUAUUGUAGAAGGUAAAGGUCAUCGCUUUCUUGUACAUUGUUGUUUUGAAAUUUUCACGAGCUGAAAGGUCCUAAAUCAGUUGCCUAAAACGAACGAUAUAAUUCAAGUGCGAAUUAUAUAUCCCAAUCAAUCUCGUUUCUUGUCAUGGAUACCAAAAAAAAAUUUUCGUGGGCCAAAAACGGCUUCUCUAAGUGUCCGUUCCCAGUAGCGAAAUUCAAAACAUCCAAGUUUUUGCCGAUUAAGGAAGAGCACGCAGCCUUAUGCCUUCAAUGUAAUCAAAUUCUUCACAACACCGUCGACGAUCGUCUUCAAAGUCAUAGAAAACGAUGCAUCUGGGUUCCAAAAAAAGUCGAUAAAGCCACCAACACUUCCUUAAAAGCCGAACCAGCAAAGAUUAAGCAAAGAAGUACAUCAGUUCCGAGACGAGUUUCUAUCGCAAGUUCAACUGCUCAAAAAGAGCACUUUGCCAAUCAUAAAUUCAAAAAAGAGGCUACUUAUUCAGAACGCAUAGAACAGUUAAGGCAACUUGUAGCUCAACUUAAUGAUGAGAUGAAAGAGCUACUGGUAGUCGAGCAGUCCGUGGCCCAAUCAACUCCAUGCCGAAAUAUCAACAUUCAGCCUAUCAUCGAAGCCACUAACAUUAAUCAAACUCCUAUAUCUCUAGUGUGCCGAGAAUUGAAUAAUACCAUUAAUGACAUAAACAACAAUCAAGUCUCUGUCUCUUCAGCCACUAAAGAAAUGAAAAUUCCAACUUUGCAGGAACGCAAAUCUCGCCUUGAAGCAGCUCAAAGCUGCUCUUUAGCAUCGUCAGUCAUUGAAGAUCUCGAAGUCUCGAAAUUGAAUCGAAAUCGCGAUAGCAGUUUGCGACGUCUCGUUAUGGAAUUUGAAGAUUCAAAAGCUAUCAAUGAACAAUCGAAGGAAAAGAACGAUAACCUUGUUAAAAAACAAUACGAUAAUUACGAAAAAGUAGUAGCAUUACUGGAACAACGUAAAAGUGCCAAAUGUAAUUUGGCACGACGAGGACGUUUAGUUAAAGAAGCAACUUCUGAACAGUAAUUUUUUUACUCGAUUUUUCUUCAAUAGAUAUUUAUUUUAUACAAUAAGUAAAAAGUCUCUGAAAAUUAUCUUGUUAUUUGUAUCAACAAAUUUAUAUAUUGAUACUCUGUCAACCAAUUUAGUUAUAGCUUUUUCUAUUUAAAAUAAUUGAAUAAUAUAAAAUUUUAAAAAUA